UAGGAUCACGUUUUUCACUCUUUCCUUUAUUUAGCUAUUAGCUAACCCGAUCCGCCAUUAGAGUUGCAAACGGUAUAUCUGGAGGCUGGGCACGCUUGUCAGGCAGAGAAAGAAAUAAAAUGUCCGAAUCCGUUACUCUACCAGCUGGUCUGACUAAGACGAUUCUGAGGCCUGGCCAUGGCCCUCCCGUCCGAACUAACGACAAGGUGACCGUCCAUUGCGUCGGGAUGCUCGAGGCUGAUAGGAAAAAGUUCUGGAGUACCAAAGAUCCAGGACAGCAACCGUUCACGUUUAACGUGGGUAUCGGGCAAGUAAUACCAGGGUGGGACCAAGGCUGUCUCUCAAUGACGGUCGGUGAAGAAGCUGAGCUUCAUAUUGCUUCUGCUCUUGGAUAUGGAAACAGUGGCUUCCCAUCAUGGGGGAUUCCACCUAAUGCAAAUCUCAUUUUUAGAAUUGAGAUUCUUUCUGCUACUAAAUCUUAAUCCCAUUCCAGGAGAGGAUACCCUUCACUCUCUUGUUUUAUAAGAGAUUAAAUUGAACCAAAUGCAACUGUUAUGUAGUGUUACAUCUUUUUUUCUGUACCAUAGUUACAGGGAAGAAAUUUAGUCAUUAUCAUUAUUAUUGUUGUUAUAAUUGUUAUUACGACAUGGUUGACAUCUUGACACUUUCUCACUUGUCAAUUUUUAUAUCUAUGUCUAACAUUGUUGCUGUUGAUUAAAUUAUUAUUAUUAUUCUGUUUCCUUUUAUUUUGGAAUCUUUUCUCUUAGUGACUUUGAAAA